UGUUUCACAUCGGUCGCCUUUGUGACGUGUGCUGCUGCUGGGCAACAGGGUCGUAAAUAGCAGCGGCUGAUUGGCCCAAUCAAACAUAAACUGUAAGCUGAUUGGUGGAGUGCUCACGGGAGUAAAAUUCAAAUAACGGGCGGGAGGGGAGGAGCAGAAAUCUGACACUAGACAGAGGGUGUGUGUGUGGGCACACUGUGGAGAGACAGUGAGGGGUGGGCUAGGUACUGUCACCCAGACACAGACGGUGUGAAACACCCUGACACAGAGGGAGGAAACAAACACUGGUACAAUCAGACGCUGAGAGCCGGGAUCAGCGAGGGAGCUGCGGCUUUGCAGAGAUCCCUUUCUCCGGGCGGGACAGAUCGAGUGAGCCGGGGGAUAGAGAGAGAGAGAGAGCCGGAGCUGGUCAGCUAGCAUGGCCCAGAAUGUGGAUCCUGCCGCCGCCGGCUCGGGAGCGGCCCGGAAAGGCAGCGAGAGCAGCACUUCCAUCGCCCGAGGGUCGGUGUCCAAGCGAUUGCAGCAGGAGCUGAUGACUCUGAUGAUGUCUGGUCACAAAGGGAUCUCUGCUUUCCCCGAAUCAGACAAUCUGUUCCGCUGGAUUGGAACCAUCGAUGGUGCUGCAGGAACGGUCUAUGAAGGUUUGAGGUAUAAGCUCUCGCUGGAAUUUCCCAGUGGAUAUCCGUACAACCCUCCGACUGUAAAGUUUCUCACUUCCUGCUACCAUCCCAAUGUUGACGGAGAAGGCAAUAUUUGUCUGGAUAUCCUCAAAGACAAAUGGUCCGCACUUUACGAUGUCAGGACAAUCCUGUUGUCGAUUCAGAGCCUGCUGGCUGAACCAAAUGUGCAAAGUCCCCUGAACGUUGCUGCAGCUCAACUAUGGUCCAACCAGCAAGAAUACAAACUACGAUUACAUGAAGCAUACGCUCGGCAGCUGAAGAGUUAAAGCGUCGUCUGCUCGCUGACCUGCAAUCUUCGUCUUGGUUCCUCCUGUGAUUCUUCUUUUGAAUGUUUGUCUGUCUGUCCAAUUAUGAGAAUGGGCACAUGUUUAUUUUUAAAUUUACCAUGUGAAUAAAGUGCACAGUGGCUGAAAUAUUUUCUAAUAAACCGCAUUUAUUGUUUCAA